UGGGUAGUAAUGUAACGGUCUGACUUUCCAACUGGUUUGUUGCUUUCUUUCUUCUUCCUCGACCAGCAAUCACCCCCACCAACGACACGUAGCGAGUAAAUAUAACCAUCUUGCUACUCCGACACUGUCCUGAAGUGGAAGCCUGUGAGUUUGACGGUCCGAUCAGUCCGGUCAGUGGAAAAUGGAACUCCGAUCUCGCGACCGAACACAAUCUGACUGCGUUCGAAACGGUCUGCGAAGUAGAGAUGUCUCGCCUCUGCCUCUGGCAACCCUCACUUCCAAUCAACUGCACAAACUGCUCGGCGAUGAAGAGUGUGCAGAUAGGAAGCGUUCUGUCAGCAUAUCCGGCUUGCGUCGUUCGAGGACAUUCACGGCUGCGGACAGCACGCGCAACAGACGGAUAGUUCCCGUGCUUCAAAGCUCCACGAUCACCAUGAUCACAGCCACCCCAUCCACGGCCACGGCGGCAUCGAGCAGUGAACAGAAUCGAGAACGGUGCUCGUCCCUGAUCUACACAGAUUGUGACAGCUGCCCCCAACCUGCGCGCGUUAGUCGAUCUACGUCGAUACGAAGUAGAGUAGUGAACAGAUCCAGUGGAGGGCGUGUGGCCGCGGCCAAAACUGUUGGGCGCACUCCGCCACCAUUGGGCAGGUCUUUCUCCGUCUUGCGCCGAAAUUCAUCUUCUCUCAGGAGAAUGAACAGCCUACGACCACCACCGUCCGAAGCGCAGACCGGUCCUGCAGCUGCAGCAGCCAGUGGACCGGCGGAGCAGUUUGUGCCAAAGAUCGCCAUUGUCGGUGCAGAAGCAACUGGCAAGAGCACAAUUGUGACAAGAUGGCUGAAGGGCUCGGCACCGCAGUCCACGUUUUACGAGCCAACCAUCGAAGAUCGUUUCCAGCACACAACAACAAUCAAUGGACGUGAACAGGUUGUGGAGAUUAUCGAUACGUCCGGUGCGGAUGACCUAGGCGAGAUGCGUUACCAGAGCAUGAAGUCUGCCCACGCCAUUGUGCUGGUGUAUGACAUUACGCAGCCAACAUCGCUGAGCUGGCUUCGUCAGGCUUACCAUGACAUGCAGCGCUCUGAUGUCGAUCACAGUGCCAUUCGCCCAGUCCUAGUGAUGGUCGGUAACAAGGUGGACUGUCAGGAGAGACGUCAGGUGAGCAGUCUGGAUGGAGCAGCCAUGGCCAAGGACCUCUUCCAGUGUGAGUACAUGGAGACAUCUGCACACUCAGGAGUCCAGGUCGAUGAAGUUCUCAAACGAGUCGUCAAGCAACUUGGGAAAAAAGCAAGCGUUCUCUCCAAGGCAUCUGUGUCACGUAGCCGCAGCUUCUUGCAGAAAACCGUUGGCGCGAUCCGUCCAAAACGCCGCCCAAAGAUUCCUACCCAGUGGGAUAGUAGUAGUGGUGACAUUGCGACACUCCGACCCACCACACGCGGAAAUGUUCGCAUGAAGAAACCAGCAGCCCAGCCUGGCGAGUCUAAUGUCUGAUGGCAAGGCUCCAUCAUUGUUGACUGCUGCAGACCAGCUGCUCAGAAGCUCAGAACUCUGUUUAUGCUUAUUGAUUCUGCUUCAUUGUGGACAUCACAUGCAAAUGUGCAUAGCUUGGGAGGACAAUUUUGGAACUCGUUCGACUGCUGUAUUUCCUUUCGAAAUGCCUCAAUUUCCAGUGAAUAUUAUGGGGAUCGAUAUAACGGACCACAUCAAGGUCCAUUAAUUUCAUUAUUGCUUGGUUGAAUUCACUUCUACACUACCUGUAUCCGUAUUUGCCUUGAUUUCAGUGUAAUAUGACCCUUUCGGCUGAAGUUCUAUUCUAUUCCAACUGCAGGUGGACUCCAGAUCAUAAUCAUAAGUUGUUCAAAACUUGAUAACGACUACCAGUA